AUUUGGGCGUGAAGAACAGAUCACUUAGCUGCUGGUUGUGCUUGACUUACAACUUCGAAGGAGACUUCUGCCGUUUCGUUUGCUUCGAUCUCUAGGCUUAUCAUCAUUAAACAAAAUGGAAACCAUUAAGAAGAAGAUGGCCACUCUCCGGCAAACGCUGGAAGAAGCCGAAUGCAGGGCCUCAGCAGCAGAAGACGAACUGAAGAGAGCCAACGAUAGAGCAGACCAGGCUGAAGAAGAUGUCGCUUCCCAGACCAAGCAGCUUCAACAGCUUGAAGACGAUUUGGAUGCGGCUGAGUCAAAGCUCGCAGACACUCAACAACAACUAAUAGAAGCUGAGAAGCAGGCAGAUGAGAGUGAACGAGCAAGGAAAGUCUUGGAAAACAGAGGUCAAACUGAUGAGGAGAGGUUGGCAUCUUUGGAAAGACAAUACAAUGAUGCUUGUACAAGAGCUGAUGAAGCAGAAAAGCAAUACGAGGAGAUUUCAGAAAGACUCCAAGAACUUGAGAACGAGCUUGAAGAGGCAGAGGCCAGAGCUGACACAGCAGAGGAGCGUGUAAAACAACUAGAGGAAGAAGUUACCCUCGUUGGCAACAACCUUCGAAGCUUAGAGAUCAGCGAGGGCAAGGCAACUGAACGUGAAGAUACCUACGAAAACCAAAUCAAAACUCUCGAAGCUCAGCUUGAAGAGGCUGAAGAACGAGCAGAAAAAGCCGAACAAAAGGUCAGGGACCUUGAAAGUCAAGUCGAUGCUAUGGAAGCUGAACUCGAGAAUGCCAAGCUAGAGUACGAGAAGGUCAAGGAAGAGUUGGAGACAACUCUGAACGAAUUAAACGAGAUGUAAUUUCAAUAAUUAGCAGAGCAAUACUCAAGGAUGGCCAUCUAACUCUAGACUAAUUUACUCCUAGAAUAAUUAUUUGCCCCCAACUUCUGUCAUUCUCUGAUGAUAUUUCCAAAAGUUUUGCUCGAAAUUUGUUUUCCUUGAUGAUCUGGAAGCAAUGUCG